CCAUUUUCAGGCUCAGUCACCGGAGGACGGAGCUGUCACUUCCAGGACCGAACAGGGGGCUUUAGUUUUAUUGUGGCCCGGCCUUCUGUCGCCGCUGGUCGGCAGGUUUCAUCAUGGAGGCUCCGGGAGACAGGCGGCACCUGAACGGCUCUGACUAAAUCCUGGCUGACCAUUGAAACCACGUUAUUUCAGCGUUAGUCGCCGAUACCCGCAGCAACCCGGGUGGAAACACUUCCUAGCGUAAAUUAUGGUUCUAACAGCUGGCUGGCAGCAGGAACCAUAAACCUAUUUUUGUUGUCGUUACGAGGAAUCGGAACUUUUGUCUUCUAAAGACCGAAAAGGAUCGUCACAGUCUGGUAUAACUGGCAACGAAUGUCCAAGGGAACGGAUGCGUGAGGACAUGUCCACCAUGGUGUGUGUGAAGGAGGAGGAGGAUCCGGGGGACAAACUGUCCCAAGAUGAGAUCAUCUCUCGUACCAAGCAGGUGAUCCAGGGUCUGGAGGCUCUGAAGCAGGAGCACCACUCCAUCCUGGACGGUCUCCUGGGCACUCUGCGCUGCCUGAAGCAGGAUGAGGAGGGGGUCCUGGUAGAGGAGAAGUCCCACAUGAUCCGCAAGUCCCUGGAGAUGCUGGACCUGGGGCUGAGCGAGGCUCAGGUGAUGAUGGCGCUGUCGAGCCACCUGAGCUCAGUGGAGUCGGAGAAGCAGAAGCUCCGGGCUCAGGUACGCCGGCUCUGCCAGGAGAACCAGUGGCUGAGGGACGAGCUGGCCGGGACGCAGCAGAAGCUGCAGAAGAGCGAGCAGAGCGUGGCCCAGCUGGAGGAGGAGAAGAAGCACCUGGAGUUCAUGAACCAGCUGAAGAAGUACGACGAGGACCUGUCCCCCUCGGAGGAGAAAGAUUGUGACUCUAGUAAAGAAACCCUGGAUGAUCUCUUCCCAGACGACCAAGACGACCAGCCUCCAGGCAUGCAGCCGGCUCACGGCAGCGCCGCAGCAGCAGCAGCCCAGCAGGGGGGCUACGAGAUCCCGGCUCGCUUGAGGACCCUUCACAACCUGGUGAUCCAGUACGCCUCUCAGGGCCGCUACGAGGUGGCUGUGCCCCUCUGCAAACAGGCUCUGGAGGACUUGGAGAAGACCUCUGGACACGACCAUCCAGACGUAGCCACCAUGUUGAACAUCCUGGCGCUUGUUUACAGGGAUCAGAACAAAUACAAGGAGGCAGCUAACCUGCUGAAUGACGCGCUGGCCAUCAGGGAGAAGACUCUGGGCCGGGACCAUCCAGCUGUCGCUGCCACCCUCAAUAACCUGGCUGUUCUGUACGGGAAGAGAGGCAAGUACAAGGAGGCGGAGCCUCUGUGCAAGAGAGCACUGGAGAUCAGAGAAAAGGUGUUGGGCAAAGACCACCCAGAUGUGGCCAAGCAGCUGAACAACCUGGCCCUGUUGUGUCAGAACCAGGGCAAGUACGAGGAGGUGGAGUACUACUACAUGAGGGCUCUGGAGAUCUACCAGACCAAACUGGGUCCAGAUGACCCCAACGUGGCCAAAACCAAGAACAACCUGGCGUCGUGUUACCUGAAGCAGGGCAAGUUCAAGCAAGCGGAGACCUUGUACAAAGAAAUCCUGACCCGGGCUCACGAGAAGGAGUUUGGUUCUGUUGAUGAUGAGAACAAGCCCAUCUGGAUGCACGCAGAGGAGAGGGAGGAACAGAGCAAGGGGAAGCAAAAGGACGGCUCACCGUUUGGAGAAUACGGAGGCUGGUACAAAGCCUGCAAAGUCGACAGCCCCACGGUGACCACGACUCUGAAGAACCUGGGCGCUCUCUACAGGCGGCAGGGCAAGUUUGAGGCUGCUGAGACUCUGGAGGAAGCUGCAGUGCGCUCCAGAAAGCAGGGUCUGGACAACGUGCACAAGCAGCGCGUGGUCGAGGUCUUGAAUGAGCCCGAGGUCCGAGAGAAGCAGCGGAGCCGCGAGAGCCUGACCUCGGACACGGUGAAGUACGAGAGCGGGCCAGACGGCGGCGAGGAAGUGAGUAUGAGCGUGGAGUGGAAUGGGGACGGCUCCGGGUCCCUGAAGAGGAGCGGCUCCUUCAGUAAACUCCGAGCGUCGCUCCGUCGGAGCAGCGAGAAACUCGUCCGCAAGCUGAAGGGUGGCGGCGGCUCGACCCGGGACGGCGAGCAGAAGACCUCUGGCAUGAAGCGAGCCAGCUCAAUGGGUGUUCUGAACCUGCCGGACCGAGCCGCCAGGGACCAGAACCAAGAACGAAAUAAUCGUCUGAGAAGUCACGACCUGAGUGCCAGCCACACGAACCUGGCGCCUUGAAGGAAGUGACCUUUGACCUUUCUGUACUGUACAGAUCAGCUUCACGCCUUUCAGAUUUUGCUGCGACUUGUUUUACAGCCGAAGGUCGG